CCCCGUUAGGAAGCAGAUUAGAGACGCACACACUCGCACCUCUCCUGCUUUCAGUCGACAUGUUCAAAACUGGAAUCGUUUCGUUUUCGGGACUCUGGGAGGGGGGCGAAAGAUUUCUGGACAAGUCUGAGGAUUUUAUUGUGAAAGAAUUAGAAGAUGUUUCCUGAAACCUUUUUGGUGAUUUUUGUGGAGACUUUUAAAACAAAAUCUGACCCUAAGCUGUGAAAAAUGUUGCGCUUUUAUUUUGAAAAAUUAUGGACAUUUUGUGUCGUUUUAUGAAAGACUGAACACUUUUUGGAUGUUGUUUUUAGCUUUUAUCGUGGAGAUGGGAAUAAAAUUCACACUUUUAUUGUGAAAAAUGGACAUUUUAUGAACUUUUGGGAUAUUUUUUGUAUUUUAAUGUGAAUAUUGGAAAAGAAUUGACACUUUUGUUGUGAAAGAGCAACAUUUCGGACUUAGUUUUAGCUGUUAUUGUGAAGAUCGGAAUAAAAUUCACACAUUUAUUGUGAAAAAUUGACUUUUUAUGAAAAGACUCAACAGUUUUUGGGUAAUUUUUUUAGAUUUGAAUGUGAAGAUUGGAACAAAUGUAACACUUUUAUUGUGAAAGAUCAACAUUUCGGACUUCAUUUUAGCCUUUAUUGUGAAGAUCAGAGCUAAAUCCAUGCUUUUAUUGUGAAAGAUGAUGCACAUUUGGCUGUGCAUUUCUUUAAUGAAAGACUGAACACCUUUUGGACAUUUUUUGGAGCUUUUACUGUGAAAAUUGGAACAAUAUUCAUGCUUUUGUUGUGAAGGCUUGGGGCUUUUGAGGCUUUUUGUGACGGAUAAUACAAGUAUGUUGUUUUAUUCUGAAUGAUCCCUUUUGUAGAACUCUGAGCUUUUAUUGUGAAGGACUUCCUAAAAAAUGUGCUCCUUUUUACAGUUAUGGAUUUAAAAAUCUGGGGGAUUUUUUAAAGGAAAGGACUGAAUGUUGUUUAGACUUUUAUUGUGAAAUUUACCUUUUUUAUUUGAAAAGCCAGAAAAGAGGCUUUUAUUUUGAAGGGUUUGAAAAUCUCUAGGGCUGUUUUUAUUGUGAUUUUUCAGCCAUUCAAUCAGCCAAUCAGCCGCCGGGAUGAUUUCGUACGUUGAGUGUCUUGGCGGGGAGGGGGCGGGGCCUGCCGUGGGGUCCCGUUGCUGGAACGGCGUUCCCGACGAAGAGUUGGACGAGCUGCUUCCUCGCCAAAUAGCCGCCCUGCAGCCAAAAACGGAGGGCAGCCUGCGGCGCCGGCUUCUCAGCGCCAAAAUCCACCAGCAACACGGCGCCAUCUUGGGACAGAACGCCGCCGAGGCUCAUGGGAAUCGUUAUCCGAUACAGGGUACUCAUGGGAAUCGUUUCCUCGCCGCUGAGGCUCAUGGGAAUCGUUUCCUCGCCACUGACACACACGGUAACCGUUUCCUCGCCACCGGGCCUCAGGGGAAUUGUUUCCUCGCCACUGGGCCUCAGGGGAAUCGUUUCCUCGCCACUGACACACACGGGAAUCGUUUCCUCGCCACUGACACACACGGUAACCGUUUCCUCGCCACCGGGCCUCAGGAGAAUCGUUUCCUCGCCGCCGAGGCUCACGGGAAACCCAAUCUGCACUCGGCGCUGUCCCAGCGUGGCCGGACCGGCUCGUGCCCCCCGACUCCAGAGCCGCGCCCGGGCUACACGCUGCCCGCGGCCUCGCCGUUCGGCGCCCAAACGCACUUCGUGGAGCCAGAGGUGGUGCCGCCGCAGUACCGGUACCGGCCCAGCAGGGGGCGCCAGAACUUCUUCUUCUGCUUCGGACGCCGACGGGGGAGGAGCUACGGGCCCGAGGCCGCUCAGACCACGCCCCUUCUGCACACAGCAGAGGACGGGGACAGUAAGUGGUCUGUUCACUACAAUACCCAGAAGCCCCAGCAGCGUCUGCUCUUCUUCUCUGGAAAGAAACGAUCCGGCAGUUCUGAUGAUCUGCGAGGUCAGAGGUCAACAGAGAACAGCGUGUCAGCAUGUAACGGGCUGACUCAGCAUGGCUACAGCCCACCAAACACUGCGCCCCACCCCCCUUUCUCUUUUGGCCUCGACCAAUCAGAGGGCAGCACAGCACGCCGAGGGUGGAAGGACAGAAGCAGGAGGAUGUCCUCAGCGUUCUCUGACGAUGAAGAAAGGUUCAUCUUAAACAACAGGCGACCUCUGACCCCACCCAUGCUCAACCCCGCCCACCGCUCGUCCUGUUGGGACGUCUUCGCCUCGGCCUACGAGCUGACGGAGGCCACGGAGGCCACGGAGGCCACGGAGACGGAGACGACCACUCGGCUUCCAACGCCAGAGGAGAAGAUGAGGAAGCAGGCGGAGGCAGUCGCAGCCGAUAUCGUCCCGAUUAACAUCACAGUAAGUGCGUUCACAAACCCACAGACUUCGUUAUCCCGUUCCGGCCACACACCAACGCAACUGGAGGGGGGGUCAAGCGCUGGGAUGCCGGAUGAUGUCAGCGAGAAGCUGGACUCGCCCACUGGUUCUCCUGGUUCUCCUGGUUCUCCUGGUUCUGCGGUUCUACCAGCUGGGUUCUCCGGCGUCGGUCGGCCAGCGGAGGAGAACCUAACGCACCCAGCGCCGGCGGCAGAGAGAGGCGGAGCCAGAGAGGAGGGCAAGUCGUCCCUAAGGAGGAUCCGAGCGCCGAGAGGAGGAGGGAUGUGCAGCCUCAUGGCCUCCCUCACCUCCGCCCCCCCCACUGACCCCUCCCCCCUCCCCCAACCACCCCCCCUCCCACGCCCCGAAACCAACUCCUCUCUGGACUCCUGCGGGACGCUCAGCGCCUCCUCCUCUUGUUGCCAGCCGCGGCGGCUUGGCGCCCGCUACUCCGGCUCUCUCCGCCUUCCUUCUGCUUCCGUUCUUCCGGUAUCUAUUUCCUCUUCCUCCAUCGCAGACUCCCAGCUCAGCUUCCAGACUCUGCAGAGCUGCAACAGCGGCGACACGUGGAACUACGAACCCCUCUCCCCGAGCGCCAGCGGCGACCACGACGGCGACUGGAGCUGCAUCGCCACGGAGACGAGACGUGUUUCCGGGGAAGGUGUAAACUCGUCUGGUCUCUCCACGCCAUCUCGCGCCGACACAAGCUCCCUGUGCUCAGAGUUUUCAGCGUUUUCAAACUCCUCUCUCAGAAAGCACAGCACUUCUUCUUCUUCGUCGUCCACGAUGUCGGACUCUCGCGGCAUCGGCGCCGCGCGCAGCAUCUCUCUCCGGAAGUCCACGCGCCCGCCUCCGCCGCCGAAGCGAUCCGUCUCUCUGACGCAACGUCCAGCUCGCAGCAAGCGGUCCGCGCAGACUUACCACGACCCCUGGGUGCCCCGGAGAAACAGCCAGAGUGACUUUACCUGCAACGCGGGCGCGUUUUUUGAGCCUUUGCGCCCGGACUACCACACGGAAAGUUCUGCUCUUUCUUCGGAGCGGCAAGCGCCGAACGGCGGCCACUCAAACGUCUCCGAGAGAGAAACAUCGGUCUCUUCCGUGGCUGCGAGUCAGCGCCUCGCUUCGCCCUUUGUGCAAAGCCACCAGAGUGACUCGGUCCUUUCCUCUGAGGAUUUACCGGCAGAUGUCUCGAAGGACCAACAGCUGAGAUCGAAUCUAAAGUCCGAGACAUCGGUCUCUUCCGCGGCUGCGAGUAAGCGCCUCGCUUCGCCCUCCGUGCAAAUACGCCAGAGUGACAACGUGGACAACUGCACGGAAACUUUUGCCCUUUCCUCUGAGCACUUAGCGCCACACGUCUCGAAGGACCAACAGCUGAGACUGAAUCUAAAGUCCGAAAUAACAUCGGUCUCUUCCGCGGCUGCGAGUCAGCGCCUCGCUUCGCCCUCCGUGCAAAGACGCCAGAGUGACAACGUGGCCCACAGCGCGGAAACUUUUGCCCUUUCCUCUGAGCGCUUAGCGCCAAACGUCUCGAAGGACCAACAGCUGAGAUUGAAUCUAAAUCUUGAGCCUUUACGCCCGGACUACCACACGGAAGCUUCUGCUCUUGCUUCGGAGCGGCAAGCGCCGAACGGCGGCCACUCAAACGUCUCGGAGAGAGAAACAUGCGUCUCUUUCGCGGCUGCGAGUCAGCGCCUUAUGUCGCCCUCCGUGCAAAGACACCAGAGUGACUUCAACAGCAACGCGGUCCUUUCCUCUGAGCACUUACCGCUAAUCGCCGGCUGCUCAAAGGUCUCGAAGGACCAACAGCUGAGAUUGAAUCUCAACGCCAAAACAUCUGUCGUCUCUUCUUCUGCGGCUGUUUCUCAGCGCCUCCCUUCCCCCUCCAGCGGCUACUCCAGCCAGUCCAACACGCCAACUCCCGGCACCCCUGUGUCCUCCCCCUCCUCCCCUUUGUCGACUCCUCCUCACCCGAGAUCCAUCAACAACCUUGAUCUGCUGACCAUCCUUUAUCUCGUCACUGCUCAACCUCGGAGAGAAGAAGCAGAAGAAGAAGAAGAGGAAGAGGAAGAGGAGGAAGAGGAAGAGCGAGCGAAGAAGACGCCGCUGGUGAUGACGAGGCAGAAACAGCGAGCGAGGAAGAGGAGGAAGAGGAGGGCGGGCCGGCAGCAGCAGCAUCAGCUGAGCAUGAUGUCAUCAACGAUGUCAUCAGCGAUGUCGUCCUCUUCUUCUUCAUCAUCCUCUUUGUCUUCUUCCUCCUCCGGAGACGAAGGAGACGCGGCGGCGGCCAAUCGGAGGCCCAGGAUGAGGAUGAGGGCGGUUCCUGAGGGAUCCUGCGCUGUGAUUGGUCAGAGCAGAGCGCUGCGUGUCCCAGACCUCCGGAUACACGAAGAAGAAGAAGAGAGAGAGGAAGAGGAGGAAGAGGAGGGAGGUGAGUUACGUUGAGUGGAGUUAGUGCUGGAAGAAGU